AUGUCCAAGAUGCCGGCCAAGAAGAAGAGCUGCUUCCAGAUCACCAGCGUGACCACGGCGCAGGUGGCCACCAGCAUCACCGAGGACACCGAGAGCCUGGACGACCCGGACGAGUCGCGCACAGAAGACGUGUCGUCCGAGAUCUUCGACGUGUCGCGGACCACGGACUACGGCCCCGAGGAGGUGUGCGAGCGCAGCUCGUCCGAGGAGACGCUCAACAACGUGGGCGACGCCGAGACGCCCGGGGCCGUGUCCCCCAACCUCCCCGUGGACGGGCAGCUGGCGGCGGCGGGCGCUCCGGCCAGCCUGCCCGCGGCCAGCCUGCCGCCGCCCGACCUCAGCCAGUUGCAGACUCAGCCGCAGCCGGCGGACGACGCGAGAAGAAAAUCGGAAGCCCUACCUCAAGCGCCACUCUCUCUGGGUGCCGACCCCAAGCCCGUGGCGAAGCCGCCGGUGGCCGACGCCCUGGCCCACCCCCUCCAGUUAACGCCCAUCAACAGCCUGGCCACCUCCGUGUUCAGCAUCGCCAUCCCGGUGGAUGGUGAUGAAGACAGGAAUCCUUCAACUGCUUUCUAUCAAGCUUUCCAUUUGAACACCUUUCAGGAAUCAAAGAAGCUCUGGGAUAGUGCAUCUGGGGGAGGUGUUGUAGCCAUUGACAACAAAAUAGAACAAGCAAUGGAUCUGGUGAAAAGCCAUCUGAUGUAUGCAGUAAGAGAAGAAGUGGAAGUUCUAAAGGAACAAAUAAAAGAAUUAGUUGAAAGAAACUCUUUACUUGAACGAGAAAAUGCACUGUUAAAAUCUCUUUCCAACAAUGAUCAGUUAUCCCAGCUCCCCUCCCAACAGGCCAAUCCUGGUAGCACUUCUCAGCCACAAGCAGCGGUAGCGCCGCCUCCACAGACAGCGCAGCCUCCACAGCAACCGAAUGUCUCCUCUGCGUAAAGCUCUCCUGCCUCACGAAAAAUGACUGAAAGCAGUCUGUCCUGUGUGCCACUGCUCUUUUUUCCACUCUAUACGAAAGCAAGUAGCCAUGCUUCGGUUGUGUGUUUGGCCUUUUCAGUAUUAGACAAUCACUCAGCAAGAGCUUUUCCUCUCUUUGAGAUGUCAUACGGCGCUGUCGAUAUCCAGUUCCAUGUCAUCAGUCAAAAAGGAAAAUAAUAGACGGGGUUUGUUAACGGGAGCAAAGUGUGCAUAUUACCUGAUGCGCAUGAGUGGGGUCUUUAAGAGUGUGGUGGCUCACCCAUGUUUUCAGUUACCCAUGGAUUGAUUACCUUGAGCCUUCACCUUAGAAAUAACAGUUCAUCUAAAGAGCCACUUUUUUUUUCAAUAUCAGUAACAUUUGCCUAUAUAAGUUUUCAUUUAUUUGUGUUUUAUUUAUUACAGGGCUGCUAUUUUCAUAAUGUACAUGAACAAUGUCACAGAACUUUUUUAAUUUUUUUAAAUAUAAAUAUCAGUAAAGGAAUUGAAAGACAGGAUUGCAUUUAAUAGAUAAAACGUUUAGGCAAUAAUUGAACAAAAGAAUCCUGCCAUAUUUCUAACACUAAUGGCAAUUUACCUUUGGUAUUUAUUUUCAGUAGUAAAGACCCAGCUUGAAUGUAAAUUUUGUAUAGUGUAAGUAUGAAGACCAUAGUGCAACUGUACAGGUAGUCACCAGUUAUUGUGAUAUAAUAAAUAAUUGGGCUAUUUUGAUGAAGAAAACUCUGUUCAUUUGUUUCUACUUUCUAAUAGAGAAAUUGCCAUGAUUCCUCUGCUUUUUGACAUUUCAUAUGGUUUUGGUUUUGUUUUUUUGGGUGGGGGGUGGGAAUAAAAAAAGCUGUGAAAUUGUUCAACCUACUUUGUAACCAAAGAAGCAAAGCUGUGUAAUGGAGUUGUUUUUUGUUUCUGUUUUGGUUGGUUUUUUUGUUGUUGUUGUUGUUGGGGGUUUUUUUUGUUGGGGUUUUUUUUUUUAAUAAUGCACAUUUCUUUAUGUCUUUUUGUUUAGUGUUUUCUCUGUCACCAUUUUCUUUGCUGUCUAGCAUGAUCUGCAUGACUUAUACUCUUUGAACCACUUUCGUACCUCAUGUUUUUAUCCAGCACUCUUAUUGUAAUAUGUACUAGUCUGUGAACAAUGUCAAAAAAAGAACGAACAGGUGGUAUAGUAGAGCUGAGCUAGUGUGCUAUAUACACUAGUUGUAAAAAAAAAAAUGAAGUGAGCCAUCUUUUGUUCAUUUAAAAUGGUGUUUUGAAUUUCAUAUGCAGAAAACAUUUUGUUACAUUGCAGAUUUUAAUGUAUUUAAUAAAUGCAACAUGCAGAUUAAGUGCAGUGUAUACUGAGUAUUUAAAUUAAAAUGUACAUUUCAUAAAUACAGUUUCAAGAGAAAGCAUCAUUUUGUGUAUACUAACACAUUAAGUGUAUGUCAGAAAUUGAUGUAUAAAUAUAUAUUUUAACACAUUUUCUGAAAUUAAACUGCAGUUUUGUUG